GGCAGGAAGGCCCGCCCGGCCCGGCCCGGCCCAGCUAUCUUCGCAGAAAGGGCAAUCUCCCUCCCUCACAAGUCCGCCGCAAAAUCCUUUACCGACCAAAGGAAAACAACGCUGGCAGAAGAAGAAUACAGUCCGUCUCGCCCUUAAACCCUCCUUUCGCUCAUAGCUUAACCCCGGCAGCUUCAUCUCUCCCGUCAGCGGCUGAACUUCAUCUUCUUCACCUCUUCCAACCAGUCGAGGUUUUUGCAUAAGGGAGCAAGAAGGAUGUUGGACAUUAAUCUGUUUAGGGAAGAUAAGGGGAACAACCCGGAACUCAUCAGGGAAUCACAGCGCCGCCGAUUCGCUAGUGUUGAGAUUGUUGAUGAGAUUAUUGAGCUCGACAAGAAAUGGAGACAAUGUCAAUUCCAGCUUGAUAACAUGAGGAAGGAUUUUAACAAGAUGAACAAACAAGUUUACCAGCAUAAGAAGGACAAUCUAGAUGUAACUGAACUUAUGAAGAGCAUUGAGGAACACAAGCAACAAAUGGCAGUAAAAGAGGAUGAGGUGCAGGCCGACAAGAAGGCAUUGUAUGCAAAACUCGAAACUGUUGGGAACCUUAUCCAUGAUUCCGUACCUAUUAGCAAGGAUGAGCAGGCAAAUAAUGCUGUCAUUAGGGUUUGGGGAGAGAAGCGCACGGAGCAGAAGUUGAAAAAUCAUGUUGACCUCGUGGAACUUCUUGGGAUUGCUGACACAAAGAAAGGAGCCAACAUAGCUGGAGGUCGAGGCUUCUACCUCAAAGGUGAUGGUGUACGUCUAAAUCAGGCGCUGAUUAACUACGGUUUAGAUUUCUUGGACAAGAGAGGGUACACAGCAUUGCAGACUCCAUUUUUCAUGAGAAAGGAUGUCAUGGCCAAGUGCGCUCAGUUGGCCCAGUUUGAUGAAGAACUAUAUAAGGUACCAUUGCAAAGCUUUGUGAAAUAUGUGACUGGAGAGGGUGAUGAUAAGUAUUUAAUUGCUACUGCUGAACAACCACUAUGUGCGUAUCACAUAGAUGAUUGGAUUCAGCCCGCUGAUCUACCAAUCAGAUAUGCUGGAUACUCAUCAUGCUUCCGGAAAGAAGCUGGUUCUCAUGGCCGUGAUACUUUAGGAAUUUUCCGAGUUCAUCAGUUUGAGAAAGUGGAGCAGUUCUGUGUUACUAGCCCCAAUGGCACCGACUCAUGGGACAUGCAUGAGGAAAUGAUCAAGAAUUCAGAGGAUUUUUACAAAUCGCUGAACUUGCCGUAUCAAGUAAUUGCAAUAGUUUCUGGCGCCUUGAAUGAUGCUGCUGCAAAGAAGUAUGAUCUUGAAGCAUGGUUUCCUGCUUCAAAAACAUACAGGGAGUUGGUGUCCUGUUCCAAUUGUACCGAUUACCAAUCGAGAAGAUUGGAAAUCCGAUACGGGCAGAAAAAGGGAAACGAGGCAGCGAAGCAAUAUGCUCACCUGUUGAACUCGACCCUGACGGCUACCGAGAGGACACUAUGCUGCAUCCUUGAGAAUUACCAGAAGGAAGACGGGGUUGAGGUCCCAGAAGUUCUGAGACCCUACUUGGGUGGAAAGUCAUUCAUCCCUUUCCAGGCCAAGGGGAAGAAACCCACCAAGUAGAGCACUCUCAUUUUCACCUUUCUAAAGUGCUUGUUACGAAAACCCUCUUAUCUGUUUUGAAGUCAAAUCUUUUUGGUAUUUAUCAUCUUAAUUUGCUGCAUUUGAAUAGCGGUCAUAGCUGUUGUAUUGCCCUAAUUAUUUUAAAUACAAUUGGAUUAGUGCUUGAACUAUAUUGUCUUCUUCCUAGUGGUGGAUCCUGUCUAAGGCAAGGCUAUAGAAUUCUGCCUUUUAACCUUUCGAAACUGGAAGUCGUCCAUCUUGAUUGAUACUCUCCCGUUGUGAGUUGUAAUCAGUGUAAUGUAACUGUGGAGAACCGGAGCCUAGUUCGACUAGGACGGUCGAAUAUUAGCCACAUCACUAGUCAAGGAAGGUUGGACAAUAUCUGGCAGGAAUGGUUCAAAUUAUGUGCCCCAAC